GUGCUGCCAAUCAGUGCCGCCUAUCAGUGCCAGUCAUUGCUGCCUAUCAGCGCCAUCAGAGCCGCCUAUCAGUGCCACCUAUCAGUGCUGUCUAUCAGUACCAUAUAUGAGUGCUGCCUUUCAGUGCCCAUCAGUGAAGCUUGUCAAAGCCCAUCAGUGCCACCUACCAGUGCCUCCUCAUCAGUGCCCAUCAGUGCCCAUCAGUGCAGCUUAUCAGUGCCCAUCACUGCAGCCUCAUUAGCGCACAUCAGUGAAGGAGAAAAAUCACUUAUUUAUAAAAUUUUAAAA